AUCCAAGUCAAGAAGUCCUGCAUCUCGUGGCAAAAUUGAGCCGCGCAUAGUCCCUCUUUCUGUGCUCGUUCAUCAGUCCCGUUCCACGUCCUCACCCGCGCGCGCGAAGGCAUCAGCCUACCUCAUUCGAAAUGACCUUGAGCAAGUGGCCAAACACUGGCUUCAUGGGCAGGGCAUUCUUGGUCAGCUUGGUGCUGCGGAUGGGGUCCAGAACCUCUAGGGCGUCUGCCUCAGCCGUGGCCUGGGUCACGAUGUUCUCGAUGUCCUGGGUCAAUUGCCGGAUGGUCUGUCGGGUCUCAGGCGUGAUUUGCGACAUUUCGAGGGUGCGGUCAAGCUUGAUGCCAGCGAUUCCAAGUCUCUGCAACGUCUUGACGAGGGGGAGGAAUCCUCCGCUGGGUGGAACCCCAUCAUCUGAGUCGGGGUCGCUUGGUUCGCCCGGCAAAGCCAGAACGGAGCUGAACAAGGUAGACACCAAAGUCAAGAGAGUGAGGAUCAGAUGCUUCAUGAGCAUUUUGAUGGCGGCCCAGACUUAGAUCGUGUAGAAGAGUCAGGAUAAGGACAAGAAGUGUCCUUCGAUCCGGCCGUGAUGCAUGAUAUAUAGUGGUCUUCGGCCGGACUUACCCAAUCUAUGGACAUCAAUCUAUCGGUCCGGAGUUUCCCAUGAGAGCCACAUGGGACACAAAGCACCUGGCUCUCGAUUACCGAUGUGAUUUGAACGGGACAUGUGUCA